AUGGGACGAGUUAAGCUGCAGAUAAAGAGGAUAGAGAACAACACCAAUCGGCAAGUGACCUUCUCAAAGCGUCGCAAUGGCCUCAUCAAGAAGGCCUACGAGCUCUCCAUCCUCUGCGACAUCGACAUCGCCCUCAUCAUGUUCUCUCCCUCAGGACGGCUCAGCCAUUUCUCUGGAAGGAGAAGGAUCGAGGAUGUUCUUGCUAGAUAUGUGAAUCUCCCAGAGAAUGAUAGGGGAGGGGUGAUCCAGAAUCGAGAGUUCUUGAUCAGGGCGCUGAAGAAGCUCAAGUGCGAGAACGACAUGGCGGCCCUGGCCAACCCUACAGUGGUCAACUCCAACGUGGAGGAGCUUCAACAAGAGAUCGGUCGGUAUCAGCAACAGCUACAGCUUUCGGAACAACGCUUAAGAUUUUUCGAACCUGAUCCUCUCAGCUUGACGUCCAUGAGUGAUCUCGAGUCAUGCGAGAAGUUCGUCAUGGAAGCCCUGCAGCGCGUUACGGCAAGAAAGGAAUAUUUGCUGAGUCACCAUCUGUCUUCUUACGAUCCCUCUGCAUCAAGCAUCCAGAUGUACCUGCAACCGCACCAGGAGCAGCUGCCCGACCCAUACGGGAGCGAGAUGGUGCAGUGGGUCCCAGAGGGGGCGACCAACUCCGGCCACCAGAUCUUCGUCGGCUCUGAUCCCUUGAUGGACCUCAGGGAACACGGGAUCUACGAGUCGAUGGCCCCGCAGGGGAUGGGCCUGUCGGUGGACCCCUGCACCGCCGGAUGCCUCGUCAGCGGCCAGCACGAGGUGUCGUGGCACCAGGCGUACACCUCCACGGAGCUCCUCUCCGCCCUCAUCCCGUCGCCGCCCUACCCUCUGAUUCAGCACCCCAUGGCGCCGACGGAGCUGCCCACGCUGGUGCCGCAGGAGCAGGUGGAGGCGACGGCGGCCUGCUCGCACCUACCCGUGGACGACGGCGGCGCCUCCAACAACACGUACGACGGCAAUGCUGCUCCGGUGCACGUUCAUUCUCAAGAUCAGCUGUCGAUUACAUGGCUGGCUGCCAAACAUGGUCAUGUCGGCAAUGGUGUUCCUGACCUUGCUACUCAUCACACCCGUCUUCAAAUACACUCCAAAAGAACCAGUAACAUCUUUCACUCUUUCAGCUAUCAUCAACAUCGACACCGGUGGCAUCCAUGCCCCGGAAGACAUGCACAAAGGUCUGCAGAAGAGAAGAAUUUUCUACGCUUCAGCAACAACACAACCAUUUAUAAGAAUCAGAUGCGAGAUCAAACAAAUCUGGAGAUUCACAGGUUGACAGUCACGCCGCUUAUUCUUGCUAACCCCGGUCCGGUGGCGAUCGAAAAGCUGGAGGCGUCUCAGUUCACUGAGCUGACAGGCCAUGACAGGAUCUUCUUCACCGUUGCUGAUGCAGUGACGAGCCGCUCCCACGAGGUGUAG